AUGGGCGAGCAGUGUCCCUUGCUAGAAGAUCUGGCAAUCACUAUCAAUCGCACGCAAGGUGGCUUCGAGGAACUUGAGUCGUAUGCGGCUCUAGGGUCAUUGCAGAAUCUCAAAUACCUUGAUCUUGUUUAUGAAGUCACCCCUACGGGUCUACUUCAUGGACCUAGGGAGGCCAUUACUUCAUCAGCGAGAAACUUCAGCUUCAAGAAUAAUGAGUUACCCGGCAUCUCAUCGUUUGACGAGUUCGAGAAUCAAAUUUUCAAAGCCGCCAGCCGGCAUGUUCGGCUCCGUAAUGGCCAUGUGCAAAGGUUGAUAGUUGACUCGGUCAUCGAUGAGAAACUUGCCUGUGCCGUUUUCAAAGCUAUUUCCGACGCCAAGCUCCCAGGAUCACCUCUCUUCAAAGACCUCACAGUCACAGCCUGCGGUGCCAGUUGUGGCUAUGAUACAGAGAGGAUAGUGGACACAUUUACCAGCAGCUGGCGUGUCAUGCGAGAUCCUCAUUCCCACUCCCGUGAAAACUUGAUAGCUGAAGAAAUCCAGCCACAUAGAGACCUAGGAGGAAGAUAUUGUCACCUUCCACCAUGGGUGGAGCCCAUCUUCUACCGACUCUUUCCAGCAGGCAAACCCAAGGCACCACCGCGGAAAGAAUCAAAGAAAUUGGCAACCAAGAGAGAAGAGGAAAAGAGUCAGACUGUUCCAAUGUGGAGACGUUACUUACAUGGGUUUCGUCUUGCUUCGGACACAGAUCAUUAA